AUGACUCUCAUCCGCCAACAAGAACUGACUGUAAUUGACUAUAGAUCCCGAGUGAUUGACUGGCUUGAUCACCUUGGCAAGGAGCGUUCAAUAUACCUGCUCUACUUCUACAUCGACUUCGGAAACGACCAACAGAUAUUCAUGCACAAUUUGCUUUCGACAUUCUGCGACCAGAUUGGCCGGAACAAUCUGCCCGAGACGUUGAAGAAAGGUAUCGGAAAACGGCCCAUCGACGAAGAUCAGCGUGCGUUAUUCGAGUUCCUAGCCAAAACCGAGCGCCCGGUGUACAUCAUUGUCGAUGCAUUGGACCAGCUGAACAACAAGAACCGGACUUGGCUACUGGAAGCCUUUAACGGCCUUCUCACUCAAUGUCAAAGCAGUCAAGGUAAAUCUCGAGUUUUGCUGCUUGUGAGCUCUCGUGAUUACCGAGGUCUUCAGGGAUUGCAGGCGCACGGAACUCUUUCGAUCAAAGUAGAGGUCGAGGACAGUGUCAAGGAUAUCCGAAGAUACUUAGAGAACGAGCUCGAAACAAGCCUCCUUCCUGAGCUGCCUGACCAGACGAGAAGAAGUGUAAAGAACGAAGUCCUGAAAAAGUUGACAAAACAUGCAUCUGGGAUGUUCCUCUGGGUUGAGCUACAGGCCGCGAACAUCUGCAAGGAUAAUCAAACCGAAGUCGGUGUGUUGAAUGAUCUCAAACACCUCACCCUGCCGGGUAAGAUGAAGGAAAUGUACGAAAAGAUCGCCCAAGGGUUUGAACUUAACGUUGGAACCAAUUCUGGACAGGGAACAACGGGGAACGAUAAGGAGAUCGCCAGACGGACUACAUCUCUACUCGCACAUGCUGCACAGUCAAUUCCUCUAGGAGCUUUGGCAGUGGCUGUUGCGCUCGAGACAAAGGAUGGCAAUCCUAACGAAAAUUUGGUUACACGGCUGAAAACCACCCCGUCGAUUAUCGUGCAGGCGUGCAAACACCUGGUAGAACUAGACGAAGAGCUUAGGGUAUUCCGGUUCCGCCAUGCGUCCAUCUACGACUUCUUCAGAGGGGGCCCUUUUGGAGAUGCUUUCUGGUUCAAUCCUGGGCCUCUUGAACCUUUCUUGCAACGCUAUCCGUUCCUGGAGCAUGCUUCCUGCCAUUGGGCCUACAGCACGCGAAAGAGCGCCGAGGAAAAUCAAAACCAGCUUCAAGAUAUCAUAGUCGAGCUUUGCGAGAAGCCUGAAAACAUGCAACUGUCCUUUCAGGUUCACUUUGGUCUCAUCCAGUUCUUCGAAAUAUUCCACGAAAAAGGCUGGCUGGAUCCACGAAGGCGUGAUGGUGACGGCUUGACGGCAGUGCACUGGGCCAUCAGAAGUGAGACCGAGACAAUCGAUGCAGAGAGUGAUUCCGGAUGCACAGCUCCACUGUUGGAAAAACUGAUCAAGCACGGAGGGCAGAAAGACGCCCAGGACAACAAAGGACGCACGCCUCUCUACUACGCUUCUCGAUAUGGAAAACUGGAUGCGGUGAAAUUGCUCCUGAAGGAAAGGGCGAAAGUGGAUCUUCGGAGCAGAAGAUACGGGUCGGCCCUAUUGGCCGCCUGUUACAAUCACCACGAGCCAAUCAUCAAGGAGCUUCUCGAAGCUGGUGCCGAUGUCAACAUGAAAAGUUCCUUUGGAACUCCUCUCCACGCGAUUGCCUCGAUUGGUUGUCGAAACUGCGCCGAAUUGUUACUCAAGAAGCGAAGAUUUUUUACCAGGUCGCCUCGCGUAGAUGUUUACGGAGGCUACUUCGGAACAGCUCUUCACGCGGCAGCGUACAAUGGCCGUCAUGAAGUCGUCAGAUUGCUUCUGGAGAAGGGUUUUGAUGCCAGCAAAAUGAGCGAAACCCUUGGAAGCACCCUAACUGCGGCAGCAGCAGGGUGCUAUGAAUCGUGGGACCCGACCCGUUUCGUGGAGGUUUUCAGACUGCUGCUUGAAUACGGAGUGGAUGUUAACGCACAAGGUGGAACCCACGGGACGGCCCUUCACGCCGCGGCGACUUUUGGCCACGAGAUUCUUGUCGGACUGCUCUUAGACCAGAAUGCAGACGUCACAGCGGCGGGGCGGAUGGGAACCGCAUACAUUGCUGCCAAAGAUGGAGGCUAUGACAAGAUCAUGAAGCUGCUGGUUGAGAAAGACCCAAAUGUCGCCAAUGCGGAUGGAAAUGCGUACAACCGCCCCUUUGCCUCAGAUGGACCAGACGAGAGUGUUGAGACGCCGCUUCAUCAGUGCUGGGUCCGACUGUUCAAGUUUGCGGUGGCAACAAAUGAUCGUCUCCGCAUCGUGUCGAUGAUAUCGGCCGCCAUUAAGGUCUUCGAGCGAUCCAUCAAAGAGGACCAGAACAACGUCGUUGCGGGGAUGGCGUCUGUUGGAGAAGCCAUAUUCGAGGCUGUAAUAUCUCUGACCACUGAAGGACAAGCUGGUGAACCAGAGAGACCAUCCAUGGAUAUUAUUCAAGCCAUCGCAAACGGACUUCGCGCAGCUAAGGAAAAUCUGAAAGGGAAACUUGUACGUCUGUGUGAAGGGCUUGGCCUGAACAUGGUCAUUGGCGCGGACGAGAACAGGAUUUCUGAUCGACCUAGACUACCUCCACGCAGGGAUUCUGCAUACGAGCAAGACGGCCUGGAAGGAAGUUAUCCAUACAUCCUUGAUCAGCUUACACAAGCCGCGGUGGCUAUACUGGAGUGCGCCCUGGCCAACGACAAUAUCGGGGCGGUCACCACGCUUGCCAACAUCUGGACCCAGGCUUUGUACAAGGUCAUGUCAUGCAGCGAGAAGAUGCUGCAAGUUCUAGUCCAGAAUCGUGCAGCCCAGCUUAAGAAGAUCAUGAUCAACGAUGACUUGAAGCCCCAUCAGAGACUCGAGCAAGCUAAAAGAUUGACCGAAGUUGCGAUAGAACUACUUGUCACGGCGCUGAGGCGAGGUCGAGACAAUGGGGCAUAUCGGCUCUUGGCUAGCAGUCUAGCAAAUCUCUGGGUUUCGGCGCUGGAAGAUGUUUUGCAUCUGGGUGGAAGGCGCCGGGCUGAGGUCCGACAAUUGGUUCAGACGUUUGCACAGAAAUUCCAGGCUGCAGUGGAUAGGACCGACAAGGAGAGCGUCUACAAUAUCGCGGACGCUGCCAUUGAAAUGUUAAGAAUGACAGCUCUGAACCGUAGCAACGUUCUCAUGGAGGUUUUAGCGACAAUGUGGGUAGACAAAUUGGCGGCUGCGAUGGGAAGAAAAGUGCUCAAGGCCCAAAUCGACCGGUUGAUCAUGGGUAGAGCAGAAGAGUAUAGGGAAUGCAUCAACAGAGGAAAGCGAAGUGAGGCUCUGGGAUUAGCUGCUGCGUCCAUGGGGUUCCUCGAUGCAGCAAUUUCUCAGCAUCUUGAAGCGGUAUCCCAAACGCUCACGAAUACCAUCGCUACAGAGCUCGAAUGGACCGUCGACAAUACAAAAGUCCUGCAAGAUAUGUUCAUGGACAUUCUAGACACCCGGGAUGUUGACUCUACCGACAAUUGCUCGAAGAGCCAAUCUCAACCAUUGGAUCUCAUGGCCAUUUUCGACUUGUUUUCAAAGAUCAUAACUGUGGCUAAAAGGGAGAACCGUCUCACAGACUUGGACAACAUUCUAAGGGCGGUUUUAAAAAGCUUCGAAAAAAUCCCAAGCUCCAUCUGUGAGACUCUAAACAAUGUCCUGGGUCAAUGUGUUUGGAUGUCUCAACAACAGGAUGCGUCCAAAACUCGAGCCGAAAAUUUUGACCCACGGCUUGAAUUGCGGUUAGAGCAAAGCUCCACGGCGGUCGCCACCCUUCUUCACAUGGCUUUGCAGGGCCAUACUGUACCGGCAACGUUGACGAAUAUGGGAAUUACUCUGCUUGGUGAGAUCAGGAAGAAAGGGAAUACUGAGCACGACAUGGAGGUUAUCAGGUUUCUCGAGGAGCAGGAGCGAUACCGUAGUAAGAAAAGGCACCAGUCAGAUGGUUUGAGUCUCGCUCCCAGGAAACGUAGAUAG